AUGCAUGUGGGAUGCUUACGCCCCACAUGGUUACAUCAGUUUUGGUGUCUUUCAUCCCGUUGAUGAUCCAGCGCAUUAGUCGACACACUGAGCAUCUAACUCGGAAGAUGUUUAAGCGUUAUAAGGAGCUCAGGCCUGUCCUACAGAGUCUUCUGCUAGCCAUUACGCCGAUUCCUCCGCUGAAGUCGUUCGUGCCCACCCUCCAAGCUGUUGUGAACCAAGGUCGUGAUGCACCCCAAAUGGGCACCAUCGGCGAAUGGUUUGUAUCCUUCAUGAAGGCUCUUUCAACAUUGAGCUUCGACGGCCAAGUUCAGGUUGUCACGAUUAUCGUCCCAAACUGGAUUCCCUUGAUGCAUAAAAUUAUGGCUCACACGUCACUUUCUCAUGCGCUGGUUCCCACCAAGGAAGAGCUAACGCAUCGAGACGCGAGUUGUGAUGGGUGCGGCUGUAAGCCGAUUAUUGGCCCUUUGUUCAAGUGCCAGAGCUGUGAUUACGACUUGUGUGGAGAAUGCUAUCCGAUGCGCAGCAGUUUGCACUGUCCGCUUCACGAAUUCAGCUGUAUAUUACGACCGAAGAAUAAAAAAUGUAAUAUUGAUAGCGGUAUCAAAAAAGCCGAGACCGCCGCCAAGGAGAAAACCGAGGAGCUAGACACAGAUUCGAGCUCAGAUUUCGUGGACACUGAUGAGCUCGAACAAACCUCUGAAGAAGAUUCCCCAAGUGAAGAAAAGGGUGGUGAGGCUGAGGGCGGAUGCCCUUUCGUUGAAGCUGCAAAGAAAGCGUUGUCUCGUAAAGAACCACACUGAGAGAAAUCAGGGUGCCUCGUUUACUCGUCUUGGCUCAUCAAGAUUAUAGUGACGAUUCGAAUUGAUGUCGAUGCCGUUGGUAGUUGACCUUUCAGUCACUGUUAUUUCUGAGCCAAUCCACUCAGGCAGUUUA